AUGCGCCCCCCAACAACCCCCCUAGCCGGCGCCGCAGCAGCCACCGUCCUCCUUCUGGCCGGUGGCCUCCCCGCGACAAUCACCACUGCCGCUGCCGCCGCCCAACCGGCCGAAAUAAUGCGCUGCAAGGAAAUCGUCGUGGACGGACACAAGUACGACUUUGGCGAGCUCGGCGGGCCGCACACGGUGGUGACGAACGAGUACGAUCCGCCGGCAUACUACAAUUAUACGUACACGCUGGACAUCUGUGCGCCGCUGAAGAGGAAGGGGGACCUAAAGAAGGAGGAGCAAUGUGGGGGGGAUGCUCGAGUCUGCAGACUCAAACACCACUACUCCCCCUCGGACAAGAAAUCCACUUUCGAAACAGCCACCACCCUCGCCGGCGGCUCCUCCUUCCACUACGAAGCCACCAAGCUCGAUUCCUCGUCCGACCACAAAGACGGCGGCGUCAAGUUGACGUUUUCUGGAUACAAACACCAAGGGCGACAGCAAAAGGUGGUCAUCAAUUUAGUCUGCAACAAGACUCUAACUGGCACGGAAGGCGAAGUAGAAAGCAGCGAGGACAUUCAAUACGAGAAGCCCAAGCUUCUUCUUGCGACAAGAGAUGACGAUAAAAAGAAAGAGGAAGAAGGCGACGAUGGAUACCCCGAGACGCAAAUACUCAAGAACGGGACGGCGACGGCGCUGGUGUGGAAUGGAUAUAAGCGGGUUGGUGACGAUGUGGAUCAGCUUGAGUUGACGUGGAAUACCAAGUUUGCUUGUUUGGAUGCUUCUGGUGGUGGCGGCGACAAGGAUAAGCCUAAAGAUGGUGAUGACAAGGAUAAGCCGAAGGACGGGGACGAGGACAAACCCAAGGAUGGCGACAAGGACGGCGGCGGCGGCAACAAGGGAGGGAAUGGCGAGGAGGAUAUCAACAAGUCUUGGGGGUUCUUUACUUGGCUUGUGGUUCUCCUCUUCCUAGGCAUUGCCGCCUACCUCAUCUUUGGCUCCUGGCUCAACUACAACCGAUACGGCGCGCGUGGUUGGGAUCUCCUGCCGCAUGGGGACACGAUCCGCGACAUUCCUUACCUGCUCAAGGACUGGACGAGACGGGUGUUGAACACCGUGCAAAGCAGUGGGAGUCGGGGAGGGUACUCGGCUGUCUAG